CACAGGCAUCCCUUGCCCUGUAGACACCCCUUUCCCCUCCAGAGAUCCCCUAUAGACACCCUUCUAUAGACACUUCCUUUCCCCAUAGCGAUCCCCCCUAGACAUCACAGCCCGAGCGAGAGCCCUUAUAGAAGAAGGCCCCUAUAGGGAGAAAUCUCCCGUUUGGAAAGACCUUCACGCAUAGACGAGACUCGCCCUGAGAGAUGCCCCUGUAGAGAGCCUUCCCCUAUAGAAGCAUCCUAUAGGGGAGCUUUCCCUACAGGAGGGGAUCCCCUGUCUAGAGAGAAAGACCCCCCUCCCCCUAUAGAAAAGAGAGAGCCCCUUCUGGGAAGCCCCCGUCCACAAGAGCCAUCCCCUAUAGACAGACACCUCUCCUGCCCCGGAGAGAGCAGCCUCCCCUAUAGGAUUGAUAGACACCCCCCAUCUGCCCCCUAUAGGCACAGCCCCCUACAGCGCCCCCAGGAUGAAUUACCUGCGGAGACGCCUCUCGGACAGUAACUUUAUGGCCAACCUGCCCAACGGCUACAUGACGGAUCUGCAGCGGCCUCAGCCCCCUCCGGCGCCCCCCGGUGCCCCCUCGCCCGUCCUCUCCCCGGGCAGCGUCUCCCCAGCCGAGCGCCCCCCGGCCGCCCCCAGCCCCGGGGCCGGCGGGGGGGGAGGCGGGUUCUUUUCGUCCCUGUCCAACGCCGUGAAGCAGACGACAGCGGCCGCGGCGGCCACCUUCAGCGAGCAGGUGGGGGGCGGCAGCGCGGGGGGCGCGGGACGCAGCCGGACGCUGCUGGUUAUCGACGAGCCCGGCACCGACUGGGCUAAAUUAUUCAAGGGCAAGAAGCUCCAUGGUGACGUGGAGGUGCGGGUGGAGCAGGCCGAGUUCUCGGAGCUGAAUCUAGUGGCUCAAGCCAACGGGGCCUUUUCGGUGGAUCUCGAGGUUCUGCGCAAUGGGGUGAAGGUGGUGAGGACGGUGCACCCUGACUUCGUGCUGGUCCGGCAGCACGCCUACAGCAUGGCCCCGGGGGGCGACCACCGGGGGCUGGUGAUCGGGCUGCAGUACGCCGGGGUGCCCAGCGUCAACUCCCUGCACUCCAUCUACAACUUCUGCGACAAGCCCUGGGUGUUUGCCCAGUUGGUGCGGCUGCGCCGGAAGCUGGGGGCCGAGGAUUUCCCCCUCAUCGAGCAAACCUUCUACCCCAACUACCGGGAGAUGCUGACGUCCCCCAGGUACCCCGUGGUGGUGAAGAUGGGCCACGCCCACUCUGGGAUGGGCAAGGUGAAGGUGGAGAACCAGUACGAUUUCCAGGACAUCGCCAGCGUGGUGGCCCUGACGCGGACGUACGCCACGGCCGAGCCCUUCGUCGACGCCAAGUACGACCUGCGCGUCCAGAAGAUCGGCACCAGCUACAAGGCUUAUAUGAGAACCUCGGUCUCGGGGAACUGGAAAACGAACACGGGCUCGGCCAUGCUGGAGCAAAUCGCCAUGUCCGACAGGUACCGGCUGUGGGUCGACACCUGCUCGGAGAUUUUCGGGGGGCUGGACAUCUGCGCGGUGGAGGCCCUGCACGGCAAGGACGGGCGCGACCACAUCAUUGAGGUCGUCGGCUCCUCCAUGCCGCUGCUCGGGGACCAGCAGGACGAAGACAAGCAGCUGAUUGUGGAGCUGGUCCUGGGGCGCAUGGGGCAGGCUCUGCCCCGAACCCCCACCCCCUCCCCGGUGCGGGGGAGCCCGGCCCAGGCGCAGGGAGCCCCGGCAGGGCAGAGACAAGGACCCACGGCGCAGCAACGGCCCCCCCCGCAGGGGGACCGCAGCCACCAGCCCCACACCCCAGCGCCCCGUCUCAGCAGCGACCCCCACAGGGGCAGCAGCUCUCGGCCUGGCUCCCAGCCCGGCCCUCAGCAGCCCCCCCAGCAGCGCCCUCCGGGGGCCCAGCAGCGAGCGCCACCCCGGCAGAGCAGCCAGGGGGCGCCCUCCAGCCAGCGGGCCCCCCCCCCCCCUCGUCCGGCACCCCCCACCACGCAGCAGCCACGGCCCAGCGCCCAGGGGGGCAGCCGGCCCCCCCCAGCACACGGGAAACCCCAAGUGGCUCAGAAACCCACCCCGGAGCUGCCGGUGCCCCAGCCCCAGCUGAACAAGUCCCAGUCUCUGACCAGUUCCUUCCCCCUCGCAGAGCCGGCGCGGGGCAGCGCUAGCCCGGAGGAGGCCCGGGCCGAGUCCAUCCGGUCGCUGCGCCAGAGCUUCGCCAGCCUCUUCUCCGAGUGA